AUGUCAAAGUCAACUGAACUAUUUUGUAUGUGUGACCUCACUUGCUUUUAUUUGAUCCGGUUUGGUUCCUCCCCUCAAGACCAUGGUACUAACAAGUUUUUCCCCGCUCAAAAUUAAUAGGUCGUUUUCCAAAAUCGGUCGAACUUAUACAAGACUUUGAAGAUAUAACACCGAGUCCGAAGGCUCUUGCUGAAUGUCGAGCUGCUCUUUACUCGAGCAAUGGACGAUUUUUUGCCUACACUCAGCCAGAUGAAGUUGUCAUUUUGGACACAUCAUCCCAAGCCAAGCUUUACCACAAGAUUGACAUGCCCGAGGUGUUUGAUAUAAAUUUCUCGCCAAUGGGGACUUACUUGUGUCUCUGGUGUAAGCCUGUGCAAUUGAACAAGGAAAACGGGACUUGGAAUGACAAUUUGAAGAUUUUCAAUGUCAAUACAAAGUCAAUCAUUUCCGAAUGGAGCGUGAGACACCAGAAUGGAUGGAAACCGCAGUUUACAAGCACGGAGACAUUGUUCAGCAGAAGUGUUAACAAUCGUGAGAUUCAGUUUUUCGAGAUUGACCCUCAAGGUUCAAGCUUGAUCAACAUUAAUCAGCCAACUUACAAGUACAAAAUAGACGAUUCCAAAGUCACUUUCCAAAACUUCCAGAUAUCUCCUGGUAAGAACCCCAGCUUGGCUGUUUUCAUUCCAGAAAAAUCAGGUAAGCCAGCUAGCGUUUUGAUCUACAACAUCCCCAACUUUAACCAACCAAUCUGUUCCAAAAACUUUUUCAAAGCAGAGAGGUGUCAGUUGAAAUGGAACUCGUUGGGAACUGCAUUAUUAGCAUUGUCAUCUACUGACCAUGACACGUCAAACAAAUCGUACUAUGGUGAAACAAAUCUCUAUUUGUUGGGCAUCGCUGGUUCGUAUGAUUCAAGGAUCGAUUUGCAGCGCGAGGGCCCAAUUCACGACAUUACUUGGUCUCCCACUGCUCGUGAGUUUGCCGUUUCGUAUGGUUACAUGCCUUCGGAAACCACUUUUUUCGAUGCGAGAGGUAAUGCCAUCCACUCGUUGCCCACAGCCGCAAGGAAUACCAUCUUGUACUCGCCCCAGGCCAAGUUUGUGUUGGUGGCUGGUUUCGGGAACUUGCAAGGUACUGUUGACGUAUAUGAUCGCCAAAACAAGUUUUCCAAAGUUGUCACUUUUGAAGCGUCAAAUACCUCGGUUUGUGAAUGGUCUCCUUGCGGGCGUUUCAUCCUAACGGCAACGACUUCGCCAAGGUUGAGAGUGGAUAAUGGUUUGAAAGUGUGGCAUGCUAGUGGGAAGUUGAUUUUUUUGAAAGAGUUUCCUGAAUUGUAUUCUAUUGGCUGGAAACCUCAAGACUUGACCUUGUUUUCCGCGUUGCGAACUUUGGAACCUGCACCAGAAGCACACGUUUCGACCACUGAAUACACAGCCAAGCGCGAUGCUGUCGCGAGUGCAGCAGCUAAGAAGCCAGCUGGCGCUUAUCGCCCCCCGCAUGCUCGUGGCAAUGGCACUUCAUCGGCUCAGUCAACGACUUUGUAUCAAAAGGAACUUGAAAACAGCAUGAAGGGAGUCACUCCUCCACCACCACCAGGUUUUGCAAGGAAUGGAGGUGCUGCCAGACAAAGAACCAUUCCCGGUGCUGCGCCAGUUGCUGAAAAGGAGAGCAAGGCAGCUGCCAAGAAUAGGAAAAAGAGAGAAUCUAAAAAGGGAAAAGAGCAAUCUCCAGGUCCUGCCAAUGGUCCUGCCAAUGGCCCUGCCGCUACCACUGGACCUGCUGCUACUGUUGGUACUUCUCAAACUCAAGAAUCAGCCGCUACAAAUUCGGCUCCGUCGGACGAAAAUCCUAGCAGCGGCGGCGCUGUCAUUGGUGGAGUAGCGUCAUUGGAGGAAAAGAAAAUCAGAUCCUUAUUGAAAAAAUUACGAGCAAUCGAGCAGUUGAAAAUGAAGCAAGCAGGAGGUGAAACUUUGGAAGAUACUCAAGUCAUAAAAAUCUCAAAGGAAGAUGAAAUUAGAAAUGAAUUACAGACGUUAGGUUGGAAUGAAUAG